AUGCGUGAUCAAGGCCUCUUCAUACCCACCUACCCCACGGUCAUUGGCUUCGACAUCUCGGGGCUAGUCCUCAAGGUCGGCGACAACAUCCCCGUCGGUGCUACCGAUGAAGGUCCGGGCCCUUUUUUCCGACCGGGGAUUACCCGCGUCGCCGCCUACGCCACCUCCGAGCGGUGUCUCGUCCCCUGGCAGCACGCCCUGCCUCUUCCGGAUGAGGGUAUUUCUUGGAACCAAGCGGCAACCUUGUUCGUCGCCGUUGAGAUACCCCUUAACGCGUGGGAUGUUACGGGGAUUUCACGGGUGGGAGAGGCCACUGCUUCUUCCUCCGUCUCCGCUGCCCCAGUCGGCGCCGAUACCAGCGGAGGAACUCAGGAAUAUAAGAAACAAAAGAGAGACGCCCUAUUAAUCUGGGGCGCUUCCUCUAGCGUGGGCACGAUAGGCGUGCAAAGCGCCCGGCUGCUGCGGGAAGAUCGCGACUCUUCUUUUGCCGCCAUGUACGCCACGGCCGGUGCGGCGAAUUAG